GUCCGCGCAUUCUUUUCGACUUGCCAGCGAUGCAUUGAGCAGGACACCGCAACAAAUCUCUGGCUUUGUCAGCGAUUUUUCACAUUCCGUCCUUCCAUACGCGUAAAACGUCCUCUUCUCUGUUAACCCUCGUUGAUUAAGCAAGAUGUCGGCGAAGGCAAUCUACGAAACCGAUGGAAAGUCGCUACUUGCAAAGUGUUUUCAAAACACUUGCUACAUAAAAAAUAAAUUUGCUGUAGUUGUACAUGACACAAACUGGGACGCAAUUGUACAGGAAAAUCCAUGGAUUGCAAGCGAGAAACUUGUUGUGAAGCCAGAUCAGCUUAUAAAGCGACGAGGCAAGCUUGGCUUGAUUAAAGUUAACGUCAAUUUACAAGAAGCUAAAAAAUGGAUUGAUGAGAGAAUGGGCAAAGAUAUUCAGGUUGGGGCUGCAAGCGGACCACUAAAAAGAUUCAUCAUUGAGCCAUUUGUUCCACACAAACAGAAUGAAGAAUUUUAUGUGUGCAUCUACGCUCAGCGUGACUGUGACACAAUCUUAUUUCAUCAUGAGGGUGGGGUUGAAAUUGGCGAUGUGGACAGCAAGGCUGUUAAACUUGAGGUUGGCCUUCAAGACAAAGUCACAGUUGAAUUGGUUGAGAAAAAGCUCAUGCUAAAUGUUCCACAACAAAAGAAAAAAUUACUUGCUACCUUUAUCCAUGACUUGUUUCAACUUUACACCAACCUGUACUUUACUUACCUUGAAAUAAAUCCUCUAGUGGUUGUUGGUGGGUCAGUACAUGUUCUUGAUCUUGCCGCCAAGUUGGACCAGACUGCAGAGUUCAUGUGUAAAACAAAAUGGGGAGAUAUCGACUUUCCUCCUCCAUUUGGAAGAGAGGCAUAUCCUGAGGAGGCAUACAUUGCUGAACUAGAUGCUAAGAGUGGAGCUUCUCUUAAACUGACAAUCCUGAACAGCAAAGGUCGGAUAUGGACCAUGGUUGCUGGAGGAGGUGCAUCUGUUGUGUACAGUGACACUGUGUGUGACCUGGGUGGUGCUUCUGAACUAGCAAAUUAUGGCGAGUAUUCCGGUGCUCCAUCAGAAUCGCAGACGUAUGAGUAUGCCAAGACAAUACUCAAACUUAUGACUGAGGGUCCACCAAGACCUGAUGGAAAAAUUCUCAUCGUUGGUGGGGGUAUUGCAAACUUCACCAAUGUGUCAGCAACAUUCAAGGGCAUAGUGAAAGCCCUUCAGGAAUAUCAGAAGAAGCUCUUGGAACACAAAGUACAGAUAUAUGUACGGAGAGGAGGACCAAACUACCAAGAAGGUCUCCGAGUCAUGAGGGAAGUAGGUGACAGUUUAGGACUCCCUAUGCACGUGUUUGGAACAGAGACUCACAUGACAGCUAUUGUCGGCAUGGCUCUGGGAAAGAGAGAGAUUCCCAAAGAAGUUGGCUUCGACUCAAAUGCAGCAGCAAACAUGUUCUUUACAGCUCAGAACAAAGGUUCUGCAAGUGUAGGUAGUAAACACACAGUGUACAUGUCAGAUGGCGCUGAGAAAACACCCGAUGAAAAACCCUCACCAGAAGAAAGCCGCAAGGCUGCAGCAGGGAAGAAAGCGGCUUUAUUCACCUGCGAGACCAGAACGAUUAUCUGGGGUCUGCAAGCCAGAGCUGUUCAGGGCAUGUUAGAUUUUGAUUAUGUUUGUGAGAGAAAGAGACCAUCAGUAGCCGCUAUGGUCUACCCCUUCAGUGGAAAUCACCGUCAAAAAUUUUACUAUGGACACAAAGAAAUCAUGAUUCCAGUGUACAAAGACAUGUCCGAAGCCAUGAACAAACAUCCAGAUGCCGAUGUUAUGAUCAACUUUGCCUCGCUGCGCUCGGCUUAUGAUGCAACUCUUGAAGCCAUGCAGUUUCCACAAAUUCGCACGAUCGCCAUCAUUGCUGAAGGAAUUCCUGAAGCAAAGACCAGGCAACUGAACCGAAAAGCUAAAGAAUUGGGAAUAACUAUUAUUGGCCCAGCAACGGUUGGAGGUAUCAAGCCUGGCUGUUUUAAAAUCGGUAAUACUGGCGGCAUGUUGGACAACAUUUUGGCAUCAAAACUUUAUCGACCAGGAAGCGUUGCUUACGUGUCUCGAUCCGGCGGCAUGUCCAAUGAACUCAACAACAUCAUCUCGCGGACCACAAAUGGUGUGUACGAGGGCGUGGCCAUUGGCGGUGACAGGUAUCCGGGUACAACGUUCAUGGAUCACGUGAUGAGAUAUCAAGAAAACCCGGAUGUCAAAAUGAUCGUGGUUCUUGGAGAGGUUGGUGGUACUGAGGAAUACAAGAUUUGCGAGGCCAUAAAGAGUGGCGAGGUUACCAAGCCUGUCGUUGUGUGGUGUAUCGGGACAUGCGCAGGAAUGUUCACGUCGGAGGUGCAGUUCGGUCACGCUGGAGCGAGUGCUCAUGGUGAAAACGAAACAGCAGUCGCCAAGAACAACGCUCUGAAAGAGGCAGGUGCUUAUGUACCAGACAGUUUUGAUUCUCUGUUUGAUAUGAUCAAAGAAGUUUAUGAAGUUUUAGUGAGAGAUGGGACGAUUGUUCCCAAACCAGAGAAGAAUCCACCCACGGUUCCCAUGGAUUACUCUUGGGCGCAGGAGCUUGGUUUGAUCCGCAAACCGUCUUCGUUCAUGUCGAGUAUCUGUGACGAAAGAGGAGCGGAACUCUUGUAUGCUGGUAUGCCCAUUACGGAGGUGUUCAAGGAGGACAUCGGCGUUGGAGGAGUUUUGGGUCUUUUAUGGUUCCAAAGAAAAUUACCCCCCUACGCAAGUGAAUUUAUUGAGAUGUGCCUCAUGAUAACUGCUGAUCACGGACCAGCCGUUUCAGGUGCACAUAACACAAUCGUGACAGCUAGAGCUGGCAAGGACCUGAUAUCUUCCCUGGUGUCUGGUCUCCUUACAAUCGGCGAUAGAUUCGGCGGAGCAUUAGACGCAGCUGCUCGGCUGUUUUCUCACGGCGUGGACAGUGGACAGGCGCCCAUGGAAUUCGUGAAUGACAUGAGAAAGAAAGGACAGCUCAUCAUGGGCAUUGGACAUCGGGUGAAGUCUCUAAACAAUCCUGACAUGCGUGUGGUGAUUUUGAAAGAAUUUGUGAAGAAACAUUUUCCCACCACCACUGUCAUGGAUUACGCCAUAGAAGUAGAGAAGAUCACCACGUCUAAGAAGCCAAAUCUUAUCCUCAAUGUCGACGGCUGUAUUGGCGCCGCCUUUGUGGACUUACUUCGUCACUGUGGAGCUUUCACAAGAGAGGAAGCUGACGAGUUUGUGGAGAUUGGGGCACUGAACGGAUUGUUUGUCUUGGGAAGAUCGAUUGGUUUCAUCGGUCAUUACUUAGAUCAGAAGCGUUUAAAGAUGGGCUUGUACAGACAUCCAUGGGAUGAUAUCACCUACAUUAUGCCCGACCAUCUAAACGACCUGCGCCCGGCCAGCUUUGAAUAAGGCGUGACAGUCACGCAACACAGGCACUGGUGUAAGCGAAUCGGAGGGUGUCACCAAUUCCAUCGGGAACCUCGGAGAGGAAUAUUUAAAGGAAAUUGGAAAUGAUACUGAGAGGAACUUUUUGAAAGAGGGAACGAAUUUGAGUCAAGCUGUGAUAGUGUGGGAAUGAAUCUCAGUUGCUUAAACUCUUUAUUGCUGACAGGUUGUUCAAUAAGAAGACCGAGGUUUAUAUUGCAGAAGAAAAUAUGUAUCUGGUGCUGUAAUGAAGUUGGCUCUGAUUGAAUGCUGUAAUUUAAAAUCCGUUAAAACUCGUUUGAGUAAAAGACACAUGCAAAGCGAAUUGAAAUAAAAUGUACUUGCAAGGUA